UUUGACCCCUCCGCCAAGACCAAAGUGAAGUGACACAGCACAACACAGAUACACCCUUCUCUUUCGCUCUCUCUACAAUCGCAGAUUUUUCUUUUUCUCCUACUUUUUCUCGUAUUUCACUCUCAUUCUCACUCUCACUCCCACACCCAAUUCCCAGAUCUUCUUUUCGUUCCGCGCUUUAAUUUGUUUCUCGGUGGAAUACUGAGGCAUCGCAACUAAGGGUUGUGCUGUGUAUGUGUUGCCCCUUUUCACAAAUUAUUCCAUUAAUAACGAAAAGCAUACGCAUUGGAUAGUGGGUCGCUGAAAAUAACUCAACAAGUUGUUAUUGUCAAGGCAAUUGUGUUUUCUGAUUCUCGUGCAACAGGGAGCUCUUUGAUUUUGAAAAUGGGCUACUGAAGCCAGGAAAACGAGAAAUGGAGAUGGAGAAAAGGCGUUCCAAGGGAAGCUUCUUUAGCUUGUUUGAUUGGAAUUCCAAAUCUCGAAAGAAGCUGGUUUGGAGCGAUCCAGAGAUUUCAAAGCAAGGGAAGGAAAAUGUGGAGAACUUACACAAGUCGCAGCUCACCAGGAUAAAGGUGGAUGAAAUUGGAGCAAGUCCAAGUAACAUUCAAAGUUGUGAUUUUGACAGCACCCUCUCAAUUUGUAGUGAUGAAGGAUGUGGGAGCAAAGCUCCUGGGUUAGUAGCGAGACUCAUGGGUUUGGAUUCGUUGCCAGCUUCGGCUGUCACUGAGCCCUCCUGCACCUCACAUUACGGCUCUACAUCUCAUGGUGUCUCUGACUGUAAUGAGGGUACUCUUCAUUCAGUGGAUGAGUUUUUCCCUCCAGACUACAUAAAUACACUGCUUAAGCUGGAGAAGUCUCAAUUGGGUGCCAUGGAGUCAAGGGCUAGAAAAGUGGAAAACCUUCCAAUAAAGAGAUUUCAAACUGAAAUGUUACCUCCAAAGUCAGCUAAACCCAUUCCAGUUACUCAUAAUAAACUGCUGUCUCCUAUCAAGAGUCCUGGUUUUCUGCCAAAAAAUGCUGCUCAUGUAAUGGAGGCAGCUGCUAAGAUAAUUGAGGCGAGCCCUCAGUCGUAUUUGAGGAAUAGAACAUCUACUGGGUCUUCGUCUGUUCCCUUGAAAAUUCUCAAUUUGAAAGAGAGAUUGGAGGCUGCACAAUAUACAUCAGUGCCUGGAAAGCCUGUGAAUAUGAGCAAAACCUAUCCUGCAAAUGGCAAGCUUAGUGAGAGGAGUAGUAAUUUGUCUAAAUGCACUUCAGCAUUCAAGGGUUCAAGAGGUUCAGAAAAAAAUAGUUCUAGCCAUUUGGCCAGUAAAGGAAAACCAGUUUCACUUGCAAUCCACGCCAAAAACAACGCUCAUAGUAGAGAUACAUUGAUUUCAAAUGGUGAUAUCAAAUGCAUGAGACAGAAAGAGAAGAAUGAGAUGAAGUCGAAUCAGUACUCAAGGAGCCAGAAACCAAGUACACAAAAAGCCAUGCAGCAGAGACCUUGCUCAAGUCGGAAUGGCAAUGUGCUUGGGCAGAAUAAUCAAAAGCAAAAUAGCAUGACUUCCAAGGGUAAAUCAACUUCAAAAAUAGAUUCCAAUAAGCCAACAACACGAGCUUCACCUUCAGAAACUUUUGGAAUAAGGAAGACAACAAACAAGGGUGCUACAAAUGCCAAUGUUCAUCCUAGAAGGUCAAGCAUCAGGGCAACUGACCUCCAAAAGGAGUUUCCACGAUCCAGAUCAGUAAGUACUUCCAGAAAGAUAAAAUAUAUCAGCAGUGAUGUUCAUGAGGCUGGAGGUCCUGAUAAUGCAGUAAAUAAUUUUGGAAGUAAGUCCAUUAAAUGCAAUUUUACGACUGAUGGAAGUUUUGAUCAGGAUGCAUUUAACAUGAAAGAAAGCAAGGAUGUUAUUUCAUUUACAUUCACAUCUCCGUUGAGGAGAAGUAUGCCUGAGUCAUCUUCCUCCACCGGGCACAGUGAUAAUUUUUAUCCCAAAAAACUGUCAUUAUCUCCACAAGGAAAACAUAUGAUAGACAGUGAUGCUCUAAGUAUCCUGUUGGACAAAAAGUUACAAGAAUUGACAUCCAGAAUUAACUUACCUCAAUGUACCUUGGCCGCAGAGGGGAGUUCUUCUGGUUUGGGAUCUAGUGUGCAAGACAACUUUCCCAGUGUAGCAAGCACCAUGCCUAAGGAACAAGACAGAAGCCUUUUCCCUGAACUGUUUAGUGAUAAACUGGACAGCAUUCUUGACAAUCGUCCAAGUGAUGAUCCCGUGCUUCCCAUGAAUCAGCAACUGCAGACUUCAGAAGUAAAUCAAGAUCCUAGCUGUAGCAGCAAUAGUGAAAGUGGAAAUGAUAUAGUUUGUUGUCGUUCAACUUCUGUUGCGGGGUCUGAAACUCUUGUCAGCGAAAGUUACUUGGAUAGUGAAGACAGUGCUUAUGCCAGCACAGUCUAUUCUUCAAUGCAAGACGAAGAAGCAUCUAGUUUUUCCCAGAUAAGCGAAUCUGUAUCACUUGAAAGUGAGGUGAAGGGACCAGAGCAAAGCCCUUCCACAUCGGGGGAUGGAAAUAUGACCGUCAAACAAAUAAGUGGGAUAUCUAAUUCAGUUGAUUUCAAAAGAUCAAGUAACACAGAACUUGAAUAUGUACAGGAUAUUCUUGGAAAUGCAGAGUUUAUGGCAGAAGAAUUUGCCAUGGGUCAAACUAGUGCAGUCAUUACGCCAAAUUUAUUUGAUCUGCUGGAGAAUCAGAAUAGCAGAACAGAAAACUACGGAGAAGAGUACUCUAAACUUGAAAGGAAGGCUAUAUUUGAUUGUGUGAGCGAGUUCCUGGAGUUAAGAUGUAAGCAAGCUUUCAUUGGAACGUGCAAAGUAUGGCCUGGAUGGAUGAUGUCAGUUCAGAGGAAGAGCUGGAUGGCAGAGGAACUGUACAAGGAGAUGCUGAGUUUUAGAAGCAUGGAAGAGUUAAUGGUGGAUGAGCUUGUCACAAAGGACAUGAGCUCUGGAUGUGGGAAAUGGCUUGACUUUGAUGUUGAAGCAUUUGAAGAGGGUUUAGAGGUUGAGGGGACAUACUAGCUUAUUUAAUUAGUGAAUUAGUUUCAGAUUUGUUACCAGUCUAACCCCUUGAUGAUUUCUGUGUGUGCUAUACAUAUUAUGAGUAUGAACAAAAAGCAUUGGUGUAAUUAAAAUUCUUGAAAGGAAACACCAAAGCGUCCGUAGAAUAUCAUUCAAUUAAAUUCUCAUCAGUGUUUUUCUA